CUCCUCAGAAGUCAGUUAUCUGAUGCGAAGCUCAUAUUUAUUUUUCAAGUUGAUGUGUGUUCCCGGCGGAGUCAUUAGCCUGGAGGCAGUUAUCAGGUGGCACUCAGCCAGAGAGGCAAAGACCCAGAUGCCAAUCCAGCUGUCACGCUUGUGUCAGGCAUGAGAAGAGCAAGGGCGGCCGUGUUGUGACAAGUGACAACUGUCAUUGUGCACGUCCAGGAAGACGCUGAUUGACAGAUGAUGCUAAGGCAGCGGCCGCCGCCCGACCUGCGUUGACCUCCUCCUGCGUGUGGCUGGCUAUGGACCCCACACUCACCCCUCACUAUCGCAGAUUUGUGUGAAACGUGUCCCCUAAAAGUAGCGGGUUAGGUUUGGCAUUGUUAGCGAGGCGUCGCAGGAGCUAAACAUGGGCCAGGGCCCAGGCGGGCCAGCCAGGCUGCCACGCUAAAAUUAUACCAGAGCGGAGCCCGGCAGGCAGCGCUGGGUUCACCAGCAUCACCAGCCAGUGUGCACCAACCCAGGCCAACCACAUCACCAGGCCGACGUAACCUCCGCCCCACCAGGGAUCACCAUCCUGCAGCCUGACGUCACUCCCCCUGGCCUCUAUGGCCGCCCGCACGCCCCCCGACGCCCACCACCACACGUGAACAAGGUGGUAGUCGCUGCCGCCGCCCGCGCUGCGCCGCCCUCCACUAUUAUCACACACACCUUGCUGGAGAUUAAUAACCGGGUAAACACCACGGGCAGGUGCGGAAGGCUUGCCUCGGACUGCCAAAGUGUGGGGGUCACACCCCCCCCCCCCACCCCUAGGCCACCCGAACACGGGAGGGGGGACUGGCCGACGUAGCCCACACCGACCUGGCUACAGUCGUCGGCGAUCUGUGACUUCGUUACCCGACCCGUCCAGCUUCCUCACGUGUGAACGCGUUCGGCCACAUCCAGAAAACAGUGAUUGUGCAUUUCAGUGAAUUUUCCGGAUCAGUGGUGUUUGUGAUAGAUGUAAUACACUGCAGGGGUUGAGGGUUAGGGAGGGGGGGGUUGCGGGUGUGUAGUGGUGUAGGAUGCCGGGGCCCGACAGCAGGUGUGUGACUGUUGCAGUGGUGUUGACCUGUAGAGGGAACGAAGAGUUUGCGACAGCGUGCGGCUAGCAGGGCCUCGUGUGUGUGUGUGUGUGUGUGUGUGUGUGUGUGUGUGUGUGUGUGUGUGUGUGUGUGUGUGUGUGUGUGCGGUGAACAGUGACACCCGCCACACGGGGACCUUCCUGGGGGCCCUACAGUGUGACGCUGGUGGGGAGCGUCCUCCCCGCCUCUGUCAGUGUUUGCCGUAGGAGCCAUGACGGUCUCCUAUCAGUAUGACGUCGCCUCCUCCACCUCCGGCGGCUUCACCCGCCUCCUCUUCAAGUGGAAGGGUUCCCUGUAUAAGCUCAUAUACCGAGAGCUGUUCCUCUUCUGCCUGGGAUACGCCUGCAUGAGCUGCAUCUACAGGUUCGUCUUCACUGAGCCGCAGAAGAGGAGGUUCGAGGUGGCGGUCCUCUACUGCGACACCUACAUGAACUACAUCCCCCUCUCCUUCAUCCUGGGCUUCUACGUGUCCUUCGUGGCCUCGCGGUGGUGGCAGCAAUACAUGGCCAUCCCCUGGCCUGACAAGAUCAUCCACGCCAUCGCGCUGCACAUCACCGGCUACGACGACAAGGGUCGCAUGAUGAGGAGGACCUUGGCCCGCUACAUCAACCUCAGCCUCGUCCUCAUCCUCCGCUCCAUCUCCUCGCCCCUCAAGAAGAGGUUCCCCACGCUGGAGCACCUGGUGGAGGCAGGCUUCAUCACGACCACGGAGCUGGGAAUCUACAAGCUGGUGCCCAACAAGGAGUUCAACACCUACUGGGUGCCCUGCACGUGGUUCACGGCGCUGCUCAAAGAUAUCAAGGCGCAGAAGAGGAUACCGGAUCCCAUGGGCGUUAAACACAUUAUGGAGGAGUUUCUCGAAUUUCGAGCCAAAUGUGGCUUGCUCUGGUGUUACGAUUGGGUGAGCCCCCCGCUGGUAUAUACACAGGUAGUGACGAUAGCCACCUACGCCUUCUUCUUGGCGGCUAUCGUUGGGCGGCAGUUCGUGGAGAAGUCCCCUUACCCGUACAAGGCCAAGCUUGACCUCUACAUCCCCUUCUUCACCAUCCUUCAGUUCUUCUUCUACAUGGGUCUCCUCAAGGUCGCUGAGCAACUGAUUAACCCGUUCGGUGACGACGAUGAGGAUUUCGAACUCAAUUGGAUUAUUGAUAGACAUAUGAAGGUGUCUUAUCUCAUUGUGGACACCCUCCUCCUGAGGACGCCGCCCCUCUGUAAGGACAUCUACUACGACGACGAGAGCCCCGUCUUGCCCUACACCGAGGCGUCGGCCGAGUUCAAGAAGCGGACGUACCGAGGAUCGGUGGCCAACAUGGUAAUCCCCGAAGAUAAACAGAACCUCAUCCUGCCAGACAUCGAGGAGGAGGGCGAAGAUGACGAGCGCCGCCCCUCCAGCAGCCUCGCCACCCAGCACCCCUCCAUCAGGUCCUCCGCAAACAACUUCGGAGGCAGCAAGGACCUGCGGAGCUUGAGCGUGCCUGAUGAUGGUCUCACUCUGAUAGGCGGAAGUCCAUCGCCCCGUAGCGCUCGAAGAGACAGCUCGAAGUCGGCGCCGCUGUCCAGGUCUUCAAGCAGACGGACUGGCACUGCAGGUAGUAAGGGUAUUGGGAGUGCUCUACUGGCUAUUGGGGCGCAUCAAGGCUUUCUUGCCGCGGAUCCGGAGAAGGUAAGCCAGGCCAGCUUGGUAGGGGUCGCUACUGCCACUGAGGGAGCCGCGAAGGAAGCCGACGAUAUGGACUGUGUCAUCUUGCCGUUCUCCAGCUGGGCUCACACCCUCGACAAAGGCGACUCCGUUACCCUUGACAUGGGCAGCAUCGGCGACGAAGAGGAGACGUGGCGUGAUGAAAAAUACAAACAGAAAGUCAAGCCAGCUUUUCGUCUGCCGGCGUCAAUCAAAGCGAGACUAGCGGUACGGAAGAAACCCGUUAUUACCUGGCGACCCUAUACGCGGCAGUUAAGUAUGGCUCAGGAUAUACCUCAAGUCCUUCCAGAAAACUUUCCUGACGCCGUUGAAACUGAAAUUCCAGACGAUAUCAAGGCCGUGAUGCUCAGCGAUCUCCCGCCCGGCCACUUUGAGGACGAAUGCGCCUUUAUGUGGCGAACCAUCGAUAAUGAUUCUGAUUCUAUGAAGACGGCUCACUCUACAGUAAGUGACGACCCCCACUAUGACAUCUGGGUUCAAGACACACAAGUUCAGUCACUCUCACACUACAAAGACGUGAAGCCUCAGUCUCUCGACGUAAAGUUAGAAGAAUAUGGUUGGCCCAAAGACCCGAGAGCCCAGAGACUGGGGCUUCGCAGGCCGCUGGGAGUUCGCAGGGCAAGAUACAAAACCCGAGGCCGCAUGCGGUGCCACACUUGCUCCUUGCCUCUGCUCUCCACACCACGGAAGAGUCUCACCAUCCCACCCAACCUCGUCAGAAGUCUUAGUGAAAACUCUGUGUUCGUCGAAGCGAUCGUCCGGCGCCUCAGUGAGCACAGCCGAUCUCAGGAAAAACCUUAUUCCCCCAGCAAGCGGCAGCAGCUAGCCCUGACCCUCCCUCCAUUGAGACUGACGGUGAACGGCAGAAGCAUCUGCACCAGUAGCCCCGGUUCCCUCGACUCUCAAACUCACUGAUUGCCUCAAGAGUCAAGGCUCAAGUGUAUGGUUGUGAACUUGGUGUUUAGACUAUGUUGGAUUGCAUAUUCCAUUUCAUACUGAUGUAAUGAUAAAAUGUGUGAUGAUCUUCUGUAUAACUUGGGAGGGGAAAUCUUCACAUGAUUUCCUUCCUGACACAAUAAGAUCUUCGUGCUCUUAGUCUUUCUUGUUGACUUAACUGUUAAUUAUUCCUCAUUGUUAUUUCGUUUAUAUUAAGAUAUACUGUAACAGAAAAAAAUAGGAUAGGCACUAGCCGCUAAAUAUCUAUAUAUAGUACAGUUUUUUACUCCUCGAUUUUUUUAACGUUUCGUGACUGGUCCUGUGCACAAGAUCGAACUUCUCGACCACGUGGACCAUUCCCGUCCCAGGUCCUUGAUGACUGGCUGAGGUCACCAGCCAGUGUGGGCAGGGCUUAUACCGCCCGCCGCUCGAGAAUGGAGGUCCUAAAUCACAGCCAUUAUGGCACAUUCUGUGUGGCCUUGUUGUUCAUGUUUUAUACUUGUUGUAUUGGAACUGUGUGACCUAUGACCACCUUUUCAAAGACGUCGCCACCCGGUUGAUUUAGAGAGCAGGUGAGGGCGCCUGCUUACCGUGAGUGAACUUAUCUAAAUCCAAUUUGACUUAGAUUUUACCAUCCAUAUGAUCUGUAGAACUUAAGGUAAAUGUUAAGAAAUCUGCUUAUACAGUAAUGCUACUUUUACAAAAAGCUUUGCUAGUAAUGGAUAUUAUUAUGAUGAGGGAGUGAGGAAGGACGCCUAGAGAAGAAAAUACGCCAUCCCAAGACGAGUCUUGAUGUAAGCAAGAAGGCAAGGAGAAGUCUGUGAAAUGGAAAUGGAUUGGAUUUGUACCUCAUUAAAUUUACGGAAACUGUUAAAAAAAAACUGGAACUGUUGAAGCCCUGUAUGUUAUAAUUUGAAGCAAGGAAAAACAAAAGGACAUUGAAGUGCGGUAAUGUUAUAAGAAUAGAGACUUGAGAGCUUACAGGGGAGACAGAAAAGCUUUCGGAAUACAUAAACCUCUUUUAAGUGCAAAGGUGUUUUGCUGGUCAAUGUUAGUAGCUUGAGGGUCAGUAGAAUGCUCAACUCUCGGUAUGUGUAUCAACCACAUUUUUCGCUAACAACUUACGUCAUGUAUCGGUCCUAUCACAAAUACACCACACCAAUUACACUCAGAUAUAUUAACAUAAUUUUAAGUUAAAUAAGACUACUGAUAACAUACACAAUUGCUUUGCCAUGAUAAGGAAACCUCACCAUGAUGUCAGUAAUCAGUCCCUUUUUUUCAAGUCAUUUUGUUUCCGUUCCUUUAUAAAAGACUUCGAUUUUAAGUGGUUCACUUUUAAUGGGAGUGAAUCUAUGAGGCGUAAGGGAAAUUCCAGAACAAGAUCCUCGUUCACAAAGAGCCCUGGGGCCAGAGUCACGAAAGCACUUACGCAAACACUUACGAACCUGUACAUCUUUCCUAAAUCUUUGGCGGCUUUGUUUCCAAUUAUUAAACAGUUAAUAAACUCCGAAGCACCAGAA